AUGCCGCUCGCUCUUGGCCGGUCGACACGUGCGCACUCACUGGCAACAUGAAGUCGCUACGACUUCAGUCGGUCGCUCGGUCCCUCUAAAUAAAGGCAGGAUAGGCGAAAUUUCGUGUACAGAAUUUUUAAUCACAAAAACAAUACUUGUGACGUAUUAACAAUAGAUUACGACAGCGGAUACAGUUUUUUUUAAUGAGAAUUGGAUAAGUACAUGUGAAGUGUAAAAUAAUGUUGAUUUUCCUAGUGCAGUUUAUGGUAUAAACUUGAUGGUGUCUAAAUUGUGAGAAUCGUCAGCAAAGAGUUUACCGUGAGAAUGGAUGUUUGAAUCGGAAAGUUUAGGUUUCGUAAAUAAAUACAAAAUGUUGGCAGUUAAAAACUUUUUCAUGCCUGAGAAAAGGGUGGACUCUCCCAGAUUCUCCCGUAUGCCCGAAGCACUUAUGAGAUCUAUUCGACGUCGCUCUUUGAGGGUUAAGAGGACGAAAUCUUUGGUUCUUGUUAACGAGAAGAGGAAAUCUGAUUCAUUCGUGAAUAGUCAAGAAUGGACAGCGGCACGCGGAGUAACAGAAUUGCGUGUUGGGGUCUUAGGAUCCCCAGAUAGUGGCAAAUCGGCCCUAGUACAUCGAUAUUUAACUGGGGCGUAUAUGCAAGAAGAAAGUCCGGAAGCGGAAUCCGAUGGAAAACUAUGUGGCAGAUUUAAGAAAGAAGUAAUAAUCGACGGCCACAGCUAUCUCUUGCUUAUCAGGGACGAAGGUGGACCUCCAGAAAUGCAGUUCACAGCCUGGGUGGAUGCCGUGAUAUUUGUGUUCAGCUUAGAAAACGAAGUUAGCUAUAACACAGUUUCAAAUUAUUUCAACAAGAUGUCUCACUAUCGAAACUCGGCAGAAAUUCCCAUCAUAUUAGUUGGAACCCAAGAUGCCAUAAGUGAAAGUAGUCCGCGUGUUGUCGACGAUAAUCGCGCUCGCAAGUUAUCUAACGAACUCCGAAGGUGUUCGUACUACGAGACAUGUGCCACAUAUGGUUUAAAUGUCGAACGUGUUUUUCAAGACGCAUGUCAAAAGAUUGUUGGAACAAGAUUGUCGGCUUCGUCACAGUGUCUGUCUGGUGGCUCUAGGCCGGUCACACCACAGCCGCUGGCGAAUUCACCAAACCAUAACCAUUCCACAUUCCUAUAUAAGGACUCUCUUCCUCGCAGUCAUCACACCUUAUCAGCAUCAUCACAUCACUUGCACAGGGGCGCAUCAUCAUUUGAUGCAUCCUCCAACAGCAGUGGCAUAUCUUCAACACAUGUUGUAGAAAUCCACAGCACAAAUGGUUCAGACACUUCAUCUAGAUGGGGGAACUCAUUGGGAAGCCAUGGUUCAUCAUCGGGUCUAGUUUCCAUAGCAACAGAAAAUAAUAAUGUCAAGUUCACAGCACCACAUUGUUUGGACAAUCUCCAGGCAAAGGAUUCAAAGGACCUGCCGACUCCAUCUUCCACACCAACAACUUCACGGAAAUCCAGACGGAGAUCCAAUCUCUUUACACCCUCGAAGAAGGGUGAAGAUCGAUUGAAAAAUGGCGAGCUCGGUUCCGGAAGGGCGAUACCUCUGAAGCAGGGCUAUUUGUACAAAAAGAGUAGUAAAGCCUUAAACAAGGAGUGGAAGAAAAAAUAUGUGACAUUGUGUGAUGAUGGACGGUUGACAUAUCAUCCCAGUUUACAUGAUUAUAUGGAAGAUGUAAAUGGAAAAGAAAUAGCACUACAGUAUGUGACAGUCAAAGUGCCGGGACAGAAGCCUAGAGGAUCCAAGUCAAUAAUCACAACAGUCCCAGGGUAUAAUGGUUACACAAGCAUUGAUAUACAUGAUAGCAUUGGUGGAUUAUCUCUUGGCUAUAAAGAAAAGCCCACACGUGCGACAGAUAAGGCUCUCAUGUCAGCUUUUGAAGCUAUGAAGGAACCUGCAUCGAGUCGACAGUCACUUGCAUCGGAAGUAGAUAUAGCCACAAAUGGGACGGAUAAGGAUACACCACAUGUUAAAAAACGACAUAGGAGAAUGAAGAGUAGUGGUGUUAAAAAAGAUGGAGAAGAAGAGGGUGAGAGCGCAACAUCGUGCGAGUUCACGAUAGUGAGCCUGGACGGCAAGCGGUGGCGGUGGGAGGUGUGCAGCGGGGCGAGCGCCGCCGCCGCCGCCGCCGAGCGCGACGCCUGGGUCGCCGCCGUCGAGGCGCAGAUACUCGCCUCGCUGCAGGGACGGACAUCAAGGCAGCCAGCGCCGACGGGUGCUAAUUCGACGGGGGAUGUGCGAGCGACCUACUACAUACGGAGGGUGAAGGGAAACGAUAAGUGCUGUGAUUGCGGAGCGCCGGAUCCUGACUGGGCCAGUCUCAAUUUGGGAGUAUUAAUAUGCAUAGAAUGUUCGGGAAUACAUAGGAAUCUAGGGUCACACAUAUCAAGAGUUCGCUCGCUCGAUUUAGAUGAAUGGCCGCUCGGUCAUGUCAGCGUAAUGGUAUCUAUAGGGAAUGCGUUGGCCAACUCCAUAUGGGAGGCAGAUUUGAGAGGACACAUCAAGCCCAUUGCGGCUAGCAGUAGAGAAGACAAGGAGAGGUGGAUACGCAUGAAGUACGAGCGGCGGUCGUUCCUGUCGAGCGCGGAGGCGGGCGGCGGCACGGGCGAGGCGCUGAAGACGGCGGCGGCGCGCGGCGCCAUGCCGGCCCUCGCGCGCAUGCUCGCCGCCGCGCCGCCGCGCGCGCCCUCGCCCGUCGAGCGCUCGCUGGCGCUGCGGGCCGCCGCCGCCGCUGGACACCUCGCCGCUGCGCAGCUGCUCAUUUGGCACAACGGCAACCCGAACUUCCCGGACGCGGACGGGCACACGUGCGUGUUCUACGCGCGAGCGGCCGCCAACCACUUGUCCGGCAUACCGGUGCAGUACCCCAAGAACCUGCAGCUGACCUGCCCGCUGCACCCCAGCCCGCCGCCCGGCUCCAACAACUCCACCAGCUCCGGCUCCAGCACCAAGAGCAAAACCCCGGAGCUGGAGUGCAACUGCAUCAUAUUCGAGCUCCUCAACGCGCAGAGCGCCGCUAACGCGCUGGUCGAUGUCCUACUCGCGUUACAAAACAACCAAUUCAUUAACAACGGGUACGACGUCGCGGUCGGCGGAUUCGCCACCUUGGGCCGCCCCUCCCUAGCGCCCAAUCUGUCCUUAACCAACGGCAAAUGCGGGAGCAUUGUGUGAAUUUAUUAAAUAUACGCUUAGUGUAUGUGUGUUUUCACUUUGAAACGGUUAUUGUGAUCGUUCUGGAUAGCGAGCACAUAGAUAUAGAGGGUAUAUGUAAAAGUGUAUCACGUUUGAUGGAUUUUUAGAUUUCAUGUGACGUAGUUACCAAAUCACGAAAUAUACACCUAUAGUGCUAAUAAGUUAAGCUAUGAUUGUAUUAUAAUUUAUUGAUUGUAUAUUUGAUUCUACUUAACUGAAAGUCGGCGAUUAAACAUUAAAAUUUAUAUCAGAGCAAAAGAAAUUAAAACGUAAAUUACACGUGUAUUUAUUGUUGAAAUAUAAUUGCAAUAUUGCGGCGUAUUUUAAUUAAGAAAAUUAAGAAA